UGCGCCUGCCGUCAAAACUAGAAAGCGACCCGCAUGGGUGCUGCAGCGUUCACAGCCAUAAUUCAUAGUCCGCGCCGAGCAAAGCGCGGCUGCUGCUGCUGCUGCUGCGGUGAGAGCGUGAGUCGGCGAGCGAGUGAGUUAGUACCCCAGGUAGUAGCCGAGUCGGUACCGGUGGGGUGGAGUGGGUGGAGUGGAGUGGGUGAGUGGAGUGGGUGGGGGGAGGACACGCGAGCCAGACCUGCUGGGAGAACUCCGUCAGCUCGUGGUCGUCGCGCGACCACAAAUCACGGCCGUGCGGGGGAGCGGAGGGGGUCAAUAAACGAGCCGAGUCGCGGGGGUUGCGCUCGGGACGAUUUACACACUCGCCCCCCUCGCUUGCGCACCACGCGCACUCGAUUUACACACUCGGGCCGCUUUUACGCACUCGCCAGAUUUACGAUACGCGCGCACACUCACGGACACACGCGCGCGCGCGCAGUUACGCACGCAAUUUACGCACGCACUUAACGCGACUUACGCUCCGCGCGAUGAGUUCGUAUUUCGUGAACUCGUUCGCUUCUGCGCGUUACCCGAGCGGGGGUCCUGACUACCCCCUCAUUCCGGGGUACGGGGACCCCGGUGAUCCGGGUGACGCGGGACCCCCGGGACCCGCGGGAGAGGGCUCCUACGGGGAUGCGAGGUGCGGGUUCGACUACAGCGGCAUCGACCUGAGCUUGCGGCGACCGCACGGAACUCAGCUGUGCGGCGCGGGACUUGUCAACGGUGGUGGUGGUGGUGGCGGUGGUGUUGGUGGUGGUGUUGGUGGCGGUGACUACCACAGCCAGUCCGGGCGACACAGGGACCGACUGGCUUGUGCUGGCGGCAGCAUCGGCAUCAACAAUAACAGCAUCAACAACAACAGCAUCAACAACAACAGCAGCAGCAGCAGCGGCGUCAGCUGUACGGACAUCAGCAGCAUCAACAACAGCAGUAGCAGCAGAAGCAGCAGCAACAGCAGCUACAUCAGCAAGGCGGAGAGUUAUUCACGGAGUCCGGUGGGCGGUGGUGGUGGAGUUGGUGGUGGUGGUGGAGUUGGUGGUGGAGUUGGUGGUGGUGGAGUUGGUGUUGUGGAGACUCUGCGAGAUUCUGCCCUCCCGGCAAACGGCGGCCCCGUGUUGCCUGCGGCGAGGCAGCAGCAGCUGCAGCUGACGGGGGAGAAGCCGCCUCGUGAUGGCGAGGAGGCGCCGCAGAUUUACCCGUGGAUGAAAAAGUUGCACCUCAACCACGACGGGAUAUCCGGUCCGGAAGGGAAACGCUCGCGCACCGCCUACACGCGCUACCAGACGCUCGAGUUGGAGAAGGAGUUCCACUUCAACCGCUACCUGACGAGGCGACGCCGCAUCGAGGUGGCGAACGCGCUCUGCCUGAGCGAGCGCCAGAUCAAGAUCUGGUUCCAGAACCGGCGCAUGAAGUGGAAGAAGGACAACAAACUGAAGAGCCUGAGCAUGGCGGCCGGGCAGGGAGGCAUGUACCAGGGUUGAGGGGGGGAGGAGGAGGACUAAGAACUUCGGUGGAACCUUCUGGUGUGCGCGCCGUCGACUCAUUCGCUCCUUCAUUCGUUCAUCCGUCCGUCCGUUCGUUCGUUCAUUGAUUAACUUUAUUGAGAAGCAGGUGAGAGAGCGACUCAUGACCCAGGACUUUAUUUUGCUCACUCGAUUAUUAUUCUUUUUUCUUAGGUUUUUUUCGGUAAAGUCACGUAGGUAAAAAAUUUUAAUUAAUAAAAGUAAAAUAAAAUACAAUAAAAAUGUUACCUACGUGACUUUGCCGAAAAAAAACCUAAGAAUAUGAAUCCUUGCAGUCACGAAAGCUUCAAAUCUAGAAUUAUUAUUUUUUAUUCCCGAAACACUUCUUGCUUGGCUGGCUGGCUGGGUUCGAGUCGGGAUUCUCGGUGUAAGGCACUACCACUAGAGUACAGGGUAUGCCGGUGGAAUAUAUAAUAAUCAUAUUAUUCUACCCUAUAGUUUUCUAAUACGAUAAAAACAGGUUCAUGGGACUCUAGGGUAUAGAAUGGGGGCGAUGUCAGGCGCGGUGGAUGUGGCGUGCCCGAGCCGAGCUCCUGGGAGAGCAUUCCGGACUGUGCCAGCUGCAACGUAACCGCGUUUCCAUGAGACGCCAAACUCCUGGUGUCAUCUCGGAUAACGCGAUUUCGUGGUUUGUUGUUAACUGGAGUUUUUUUUGCUGGAAAGUGAAUUCGGUCCGAAGUCUGAAUUCUCUUGGGCCCACAGGCUGAAUAAAUUAUCUGGGCCGGUCUGAAUGAAUUAUCUGGGCCAAUCUCGAAUAUUGGGCCCACAGGCUGAAUUAAUUAUCUGGGCCGGUCUGAGCGAAUUAUCUGGUUUAACCUGAUGUCUCGGAACCGAAGGCUGAAUUCGUCCUGGAAUGAUGGUAACUACUUUUAUUUUCGGGCCACCCAGAGUCGCCUUCAGUCGCCUCGAGUUGGCUGUCCCAUGGGAACGCUGUGUUCGUUUAUUUUGCAAGGUAGACCUGGGAAACAAAGAAGAUGUAUUAUGCAUGUAAAAAAAGCGUCGCAAAAAGAUUAUAAUAUUAAACAAUAUAUAUGAACAUGACACGUGAAGUGUAACAGUUUACACUUUAGCAAUAUACGACUUAGACAUGUGGGUUAAGAUUUCAAGUUGCAUUGUGGCAGUGAGGCGUUGGGGCAUGUGAUAAUAAUACGCAUCUACUUUCACACUCUUCCAAUAAUGAGAUAGACUUUGGGCUUUGAAUCGUGAGACUAAGUGACUAAUCUAUUGAGUAGGUCACUUGAGGACCAACACACACACACACAUAUAUACCAACACAGGAUACCGAGACACGCACAGAUACCAAGACACACACAGACAACGCCUGAAUCGACUGUUGGGGCAAGUGCUGUUAGCGAGCACCUAUGAAGGAUCACACGUGACACAUAGGGGUGGGUGGCCAGCACCACGCCCGGCCACCUUUAUCUCCCGAGUGGCGAUGUUUACUACACACCGCACCAGGUACUCAUUUUAGACUGAGUCGACCUAGGGGAGGCCUAGGACCGGUUCAGAUAAUCGUCACUGGUGUUGACCGUGAGCAGAAAUGGAACCCGGGUCGCCAGGUUCGUAGCGCAGCGCGCUAAGUGCUACACCACCGCUCCUAGAUAAUAGCGACACUGUCGCUCCUCACAAGAGACACAGAUACCAGGACACGCACAGACACUAGGACACACACAGACACCAGGACACACACAGACACCAGGACACACACAGACACCAGGACACACACAGACACCAGGACACACACAGACACCAGGACACACACAGACACUAGGACACACACAGACACCA